UCUGAAUGUAACAGCAGCUGCUUGCGCACAAGCCAGCCGGGGAGUUCAAGUGCAGCCUAAAAAGUUGACUGCGAGAUACAAAGCAUUUUGCAGACAGUUACUCCUCCUAGCUGCUCCAAGUACUUCUUUCUAGGAGCUUUCUGUUUCUUUUCAGCCUUUCCUUGUAUUCUGAUUUUUUCCACCGAUUAAUCACCCCCUUCAUCCCCCCCGCAUCUUCUCUAGCGUCUGGGCAAUGGUAACAGCGGCGAGUUACUUUAUCCUACGGGACGACAGAGACUGGACCUGUUACUUCGCUCAUCUCCUUCUGCAUUUGCGGCUUUAAAAAAGCCCACCAGGCUCCUCCGGCACCAGAGAGCUGCUCCCGUGGAGGGGGGGUUUCAUGCCAGCCUCCCGUGGCACCUAGUGGGAAACGGACCGAGACUCCCACGGCGAUGACGGCGCUCCAAGGGAAGGAGACACAGAGACAGGCAGACCGAGGGAGAGAGACCCCGGCGUGAGCCGCUCCGGACAGGGGACAAGCACCCGCAUCGCCUCCCCUCGGGGCGACUCCCGCGCCGCGACGGACGAGCCGAGCCGAGCCGAGCCCGGGGCAGCGGCGGGGCCAUGGCGGGGGAGGCGGGCGCGGCGCUGAACGCGUCGGGCGCGGCGCGGGCGCUGCAGCUGCCCGGCGGGGCGGCGCUGGCCGCGCUCAUGGGGCUGCUGGCGCUGGGCACCGUGCUGGGCAACGCCCUGGUCAUCCUGGCCUUCGCGGCCGAGCGCGGGCUCCGCACGCGGGGAAACUUCUUCUUCCUCAACCUGGCGCUCGCCGACCUGCUGGUGGGCGGCUUCUGCAUCCCCCUCUACAUCCCCUACGUGCUGACGGGCCGCUGGCGGCUGGGCCGGGGCUGGUGCAAGCUGUGGCUGGUGGUGGACUACCUGGUGUGCACCGCCUCCGUCUUCAACAUCGUGCUCAUCAGCUUCGACCGCUUCGUCUCGGUCACCAGAGCGGUGAGCUACAGGGCUCAGAAAGGGAUGACCAGAAAUGCAGUAUUAAAGAUGAUAUUUGUAUGGGUUGCAGCUUUUCUUCUCUAUGGACCAGCCAUCAUCAGCUGGGAGUAUGUUGCUCAGAAGAGUAUUCUCCCUGAAGGAGAAUGUUAUGCAGAAUUCUUCUAUAAUUGGUAUUUCCUAAUGAUUGCUUCCACCAUUGAAUUCUUUACGCCUUUCAUCAGUGUUACAUACUUUAACUUAAGUAUUUAUAUGAAUAUCAGAAAACGCACUUCUUUAAGAAAUGAAAGCCUAGCACCUGGUCAGGAGGACUAUGAAAUGAAUUUCCAAAGGAAAAAGAGAGAGCACAUUAUAUUCUUUGUAAAACCUGCUGACAGACAAAGAGAUCAGAAAAGGAGAGCAAGCAGCCUUUCCCCCAAUAGACCUUGUGGUUCAAGGCUCAGCCUACAUAAAUUUGACAGCCAGUCAUUAAAUUUCCAUGUCAGCCAAGAUCUACCACCCUUGCAGGUGGAUGUUGAGACCAAGCCACCCAAAGACAGUUUUUAUAAAGCUACAGAAGAUGUUUGCAAUACCACAAGAAGAACAGACAUUGCCAAUACCAUGGCAAGCAGAUUUAGACUUUCCCGAGAUAAGAGAGUGGCCAAGUCUUUAGCAAUUAUCGUCUGUGUGUUUGGUUUGUGUUGGGCUCCUUAUACACUUCUAAUGAUCAUUAGAGCAGCUUGCCACGGGCAAUGUGUACAUCAUUCUCUCUAUGAAAUUUCAUUUUGGCUCCUCUGGCUAAAUUCAGCAAUUAACCCUAUUUUAUAUCCACUAUGCCAUAUGAGCUUCAGAAAGGCUUUUAUAAAACUGUUGUGUCCUGGCAAGGCCAAAAUUCAUCCCCAUAUUUUUAUGUAAAAGAAAAAAGAUGCAUGGAAAAUAAGUUUUGCCAGAAAUAGAACAUUUCUGAAAGGAACAAGGCAGUUCAAAGUGUUCCUAGGAAUAAGAAUGGCAAUAAAUUGCAAGGGUUAAAGUUAAAAAUAUACAGUCUAGUUUGGAAGCGAGAAAAGGAGGGAAAAUGGGUUAAAUCUCACAGUACAUUAUCCAUCUAUAGAUUUCUCCCCCCUGCAUGAAAGGCCUGGUCCAAAGCUUAUUUAAGUUAACAGUCUAUUUAUUGGCUUCAGUGGGUUUCAGGUAAGGGCCCAAAUAUUAGUGCAUCUUUUUACAUAAAAUAUUGAACUAAAAAUCUGACACUGCUUUUGCCUACAAAGUGUCACGUCUAAAAAAGGCACACAUUUCCCCCUCCCCCACCCCGUUCACUUUGUUUAUGUUUUAGUACUUACAGGUAAACCCAGAGAUAAAAAGUUAUAAAAUGUAAAUACAGUAGCUCUUAUGGAUGAAUUUAGUAAGCAAUUUAAACUGAGCAGUUUUAAAGGAGGCACAUGUGUACAAGUCUGAAAAAACAAAGGAUAUUCGAAGGAUUAUUAAACCAUAUGGGACUAGAUUACAUUAAGCAAGGAACAAAACACUGAAGGUGUACCUUCAGGGUUUCUAUAGUGCCAAAUCUAACAAUUUCAUGGGGCAGCAAAGUCAAAGCAGCAGAGAAAUAUAAAUAUCCUGAGUAUAUACAUGGUAACAACAGAUGUAUGCAUCCUCUGUACAAGCAUCUUUAUUAUGUAAGCUGUUUAAAAAGCUAAGUAUUAUGAGUUUAACUAUCCACAUCUGAUAAGUUAUUAUUAGAUUUUUUAAAUGUAUUUUUAUAGUGCAACUUUUUAAAGUUAAGGAUAACACAAUCAUAUUGGUCAAAAGCCAUUAGCAAAAAUCCUCUCACCUCUUUCAGAAGUCAGAUAAAACAUGAAGACCCUUUCCAGAAUACAAUAUGUAAAAAUCACCCAUCUUUCAAAAGGAAAGUCUAUCCCAUAAUAAUGUGGACUUGAAGCAGGGUCUGACAGAUGAGAAAGUUAGCAGCAUUAAUGAAAGCAUGAGUUAACUCGCCCAACAUAAAUCUACACUAGUUUAUUUUGCUAGUUCUUCUCCCACUUCUUCCCCCAAAAGGCUGUUCUUAUCAGGAUCCCUACCUUGGCCAGUAUUAAGGUAGCUAGCAGGGAAAAAAAGGAUUGAAAGGAUCUCCAUUUCUGUAUACAUUCUCUAAAGCAAGUCCUGUUCCAAAUAAGAAAAGGAAGAAGGAAAGAGAGAUAAGGAUGAUCAUGAAACACAGCUAAGAUACUGCACAGCCAAAAAAUAGUUAGUAGAGGUGUACCCGUCAGCCCUGUUACUCUUGCCUUCCAAAACUUAUCAUUGGACUGAAAUGCAGGAAGCACCCAUCAUAGCUCCAUCAUACAACUCCUACCCAUAUGUUAGACUGCAAGUUCAGGAGUCUGCAGGGUUUUAUUGUUCAAAUUGGUCUUCUCUUUGCUUUCCUUCCCUGGGGGAGUCAGAAAGCAUACAGUCGUCCAUCACAUUUAGUGAAUAUCAGUUAUAAAAAGUAUGUGCUUAAGGUACAGGUCUUCGCUACCCUGAACACGUUCUCCCCAUGAGCCCCGUUUAGAAAGUUUUGCAGCAACUUUUGCAAUAACCUGAAAUUGUAUUAGUACUGUCAACAGUGACAUGUCCAUCACAACUGCCAACACACACGCUACUUAACAUUCAUAACCCACCUAGUAUGAGCUCUACAAAUUAUACUGUUUUAAAGUGUUACUUUGUAAAACCUCAAUAAAAGUAAUUUUAAGAA